GAUAGCACUCACCUGAAUAAAAAAUAACUAAAAUUCCACUAUUUGACCCUGAAGGAUGGCCGCAACUAAAAACAAAAAGAAAAAAUCGAAGAAAGGUCAAACAAACUUAACACCAGCGCAUUUCCUACGUGCGAAUUUGUGGAAAAUAUGUCUUGCCAUUGCCAUAUUCGAUCUGGCGCAUGCGCUUUUUUUUGUUUUCCAAGCGACCAUUUCAUUGGUCACGAGAUUCAAUAUGUACUCAACAUUGGCGCUACUGGGAACUAUAUUUUGGGUGCUUAUGGUGGUACUGUUUAUUGUGGGUCUGUGGAAGAGACGUCCUGUAUUUGUUAAAGCCUGGCUUAUCUUCUCUAUAAUUGGUUUUCUCGCGGAUAUAGGAUUUUUGAUCUGGGGAAUCGUGUCGUCGGUAACAAUCGACUGGAAUAACUUGAAAGAGUUUACCAUUAUAUUUGUGGGAAUUUUUAUCGAGAGCACCUGUAUAUUCGUGGUACACAGGUACUAUUUGGGUAUGGAUCCCUGCCGAUUGGUCGAUGAGCCCGAACGUGGCGGAAAGAAAAAGUCAAGGAAGCAGCUUGAUAAAAAAGCUUGUAAAGAGAGCAAAAAGAAGGAAAAGAAGCAAAAGAAGAAGCAAGAAAAGAAAAAUAAGAAAUAAAACUAAUCCUUUUUUUAAGAUUCUGAGUGUCAAAACCUGCAACGUUGUUAAUUUAAGCUUAUCUUAGUAGGCAUAAUUGCCUGCGCCCAUUAAAUAUAUUUUGAAUAUAUAUACAACAAAAUUUUAUUACUUUUUAUACAUUAACAUAUUAAAGGGUUUCAAGAUGGAAGAUCAGCAAUCGGAAAACAUCCCAAUCGACGAUCAGUGUGAUACCCCGAUUGGUAUAAGUCUAUUGCAAAUUUGUUAUUUUAUUGCCUUGUUCGAUUUUGCUCAAUCAAUUUACUUUUUGAUUCAGUCCACCAGCUUAUUGGCAUUGAAUGUAAAUCUUUACUCAAUGGUUGCUUUCGCGGGAUCGAUAUUUUGGAUUUUGAUGGUAAUUCUGCUUAUUGUGGGCCUCUGGAAGGGGCGUCUCCGAUUAAUAAUUUGUUGGUUGAUUUUUUCGAUAAUUGGGAUUAUUGUUGACAUAUUCUUUUUCGUCUGGACAAUUUCAAAUUCCGAGUAUGUCCAAUGGGCACAAAUAAUACAGUUUACUCUUCUAUAUCUCGGCAUAGUUGUUGAAUGGUUGUGCAUUUAUAUUGUCUACAGAUACUGUUUAAAUAUAGUUUCGUUACCUGCCAAUAGUGAACAGGAGGAUCGCCCAAACCAUGAUCGCCCGAUUAAAAUGGCGCCUUCGGAUCAGCAAAAGGAAAGCUCCAGAAAUACUAUGACACCAAAGCCAAAAAAAAAACGAUACAAGACAGUAAUUGUUGAAAACUCGAGCAAUCGAACUCGAGGUCCCGAAUUUAUAGAGAAAAAUGAGAAAAAACAUGAGACAAGUGUCGAUACGCCGAAAACGCCUCGCGAUAGCUUAGAAAAAGGAUCUUAUAAGGAUAAAAGGAUUGGACACUAAAUUUCAACAUAUAUUUAAUACUCUGAUUGACCAAGUUUAUUAUACCCACAUUACACAUGCAGGAACUCGCACAUCUCUCCGCAAAAAGGCAAAGGCACGAGUAUACCUAUAUAAAAAGAUAGAUAUAUAAAGAUAAUAGAUUCCGAUUGGCGUUUACACUUCAAUGCUAAAAUCAGUUCGUUUCUAACAGCACAAAAAUAAUAAUUGAAUUUGAUAGAUGUC